AUGAGUGGCUGGAAAAAAGCAAAAAGAUAUGGUGAGAAUGAUAUAGCAUUCAUCAUAUACACGGCGUUUCCAUUUUAUCUGACACGUGCAAAGGCCGUACGGCUCACGUGGAUAUCUCGUGUAACUAAUUAUUAUUUUCUGAGCUCUGUUCCUGAUCCUAGUUUACCUAUCACUGUCACAAAUAAUACCGGCGAAGAUUAUCAAUCAAAUACCAAAAAGAUUUUUUAUGGGUUAGAGCUCAUAUAUAAAGCUCAGUUAUCUAUUCCUGCAUCUUCACGCCACAAAUGGUAUUUUUUAGUUGGCUGCGAUACAUAUGUAAACGUGCCACAUCUACUGAAACGACUUGAUGCUUACGAUUUUCAAAUACCACACUUUAUUGGGGGUUCAGUUGGAACUCAGAUCUGCUUUCAUCGGAAUGGAACGACGUACAAAAGUCUGUUUGUCGGAGGUAAUACAGCACAUGUGUAUAGUGCGGCUCUCGUGCACGCUAUUUAUCCACAUCUGUUUCAAUACGUAAAUUCGAUCUGGCCGCAACCAAAUCAUACGUCUUCUGGACAAUCUGAUGUGGCUUUAUCUUGUCUAAUAUUUCAUUUAGGAUUCAAUAUGACAAUCGUACCUGGAUUCUGGAGAAAUACACCUGAUAAAACUAUUCAGGAAUUUGGGUUAACUGAAGCUUUGUCCGAGAAGGAACCAAGCAGUUAUCAUUACGUUAAACCAGAACAAAUGAUCGAUUUAGACGAGUUUUACGUUUAUCAAUAUGUUGAUCGCCUAAUUAAUGAUCGAAAUUGGAAUGAAUUGAAGCAUUUCAUUCGACUUUUUAUCGGAACACAUUAUAAAAUAUUGCGCAAAAAUUACAGAGAACGUCUAGAAAUCAAUUAA